AUGGAGAAUUUCUACCGCCUCAGCGACGACGAAUCCCAACAUGAGCAAUACGUGGCGAGUUUCACGGAUGACGCGACGCUGAUUAUGGGCUCUAGAGUUGCCAAGGGAGCAGAUGAGAUACUUUCUCUUCGGCACUCCCUCUGGACGCACGUCUUACGCCGCACCCACUCCCCCGAGCGAAUCUACUUCGGGGGGGAUCGAGAACUCAUGCUUUACGGGACGGUCAAGUAUAUUCUGAGAUCGGAUCCGGGGAGUGAGAUUCAGGUGCCUUGGGCGGGGAGGGUCGUGUUUGAUGAAAAGGUGGAUAAGAUGAGGUUUUAUCAGGUUUAUUUGGAUCCGUCGGCGCAGUCGGGGAGAAAAUAA